CAUACGCGUCUCUGACGCUCUUCUGCGUGAUUUGGACGCUGGUCUGAACAGUGAUUUGAGAAUGGAGAGAAGGGGCUUUCUGUCGCUCUUUUCGAGAGUAAACUUGUAAAAUCUCUGGUCUGUUUGCAGUUGUAAGAGCAGGUGGAUCGAGAAUAGCGAAAAGUAACAAGGCAGAAGAUGGACUUUGUGAAGCGUCCCUACGGAGCUUUGUGGAGCGGACUGCUGCUGCUCCUGUCGCUCACGAGCGGGCGAUCGCUUGGAGCCUCUUUUUAUGGUGACGGAUUUGUGCAGCUGAAGACCGCAGAGUUGUCCAACCGAACGUCACUGCACAUCCGCUUCCGCACGUCCAGCUCCAGUGGAAUGCUGUUCCUGGCCGCCGGACAGAGCGACUACUGCCUGGUUGAGCUGAGUUCUGGACACCUGCAGGUGAGGUUAGAGCUUGGGUCUGGAGAGCGCUUGCUUCGAUCAGAGAGAAGAAUGUCCUUGAAUGAUAUGGCCUGGCACUCGGUGGAACUUCAUCAUGAGCAAUACAACGUCACUUUGAUUUUAGAUAAACACUCUCAGGCUAGCCUGGUAAUGCCAGGACCAGAGCAUGAGCUUAACAUCCAAGAAGGCCUGUAUGUGGGAGGCACUGGAGGUCUUGACAAGCCCUAUCUCACAACUGACCCUGUAGGCUUCCGGGGCUGCAUUGAUGAGGUGCUUUUCAAUCAGCACAAUUUGCUGUCAUCACUUAGACCAUACUAUGGCUUUAAAAAUGUCCAUGAAGUGUCUCUUGGCUGCAGCCCACUAUUUUUAGCCGGUGAGGAUGAACCAAUCAGCUUCUUCAGUUCUAAAGCGUACAUCUCAUUUCCACCUUGGAAUGCCCAACAAGAAUGGAUAUUUCAGUUUGUUGUGCACACUUCAGCUGAAGAAGGAAUUAUUCUGUACAACUCGGCCCGUCAUGAUGACUUUAUUGCCAUGGAAAUCCGAGGCGGCCUUCCAGUUGCAAUUGUGGGGAAAGGCGGAACUAAGACCGAACUCCGCUCCCUCUCCUUUGUUAAUGACCAGAAAUGGCACCAUGUGAAGCUGCACUUUACAUCUAAGAGUCUCGAGCUUACUGUGGAUGAGGAAACAGUGAUAACUAGCAUCAGCUCACAUUCCAGGGCUCUUCAUUUGAAGGGUUCCCUCUUUGUUGGUGGUAUAGAUGAAAGUACCCGUUCAGUGGUCAGAAGGUUGGGGCUGGUCUCAGUCUCUGGGAAACGCAUUAGGGGGGGUUCUUUUAAGGGUUGUUUGAAGGACAUCAAUGUCAAUGGUGUAAAAAUUGGCCUUCCCAAUGUCAUGGUCAGCAAAGAUAUAUCGGUGGGCUGUGAACCAGAUAAAGAAAAGCAAUCAACCUCUACCAUAGUCCCUGAAAAUGUAUCUCCAUUUGUUACUCCAACACCAAUGAUCUAUACAUCUACUCUUGUUAAUGGGUUGGACAAAAAGCAUGGACUGCAUUUUCUGACUUUCAGGAACCUUAUAGUUCCAGAAGGUGGGAGAGCAUCCCUGGAAUCCAAGCACAUCAAAGUAAACUUGGAUUUUAAGAAGCUGGGAAUCAGGCAGUCUCAGAUUGUGUUUAAAGUAGAUGAGCAACCUGUACAUGGGCAACUGAGGUUAGAUGUAGAUCAAGACCAAGAAGAAAAUACCUUCAGUAUGUUAGAUUUGUGGCAUGGAAGGGUUAUGUAUAUUCAUGGAGGAUCAGAAGAUUUGACAGAUUUUUUUAUGUUUUCUGUUUUCACCAGCAGUAAAAAGGAGGUCCCUUCAUACCUGAAGGGAAAUAAGCUUUACAGAUAUGACAUUAUCAUCACCCCAACAAAUGAUGCUCCUGAACUGAGUCUUCCUGAAGGAAACCUCUUUUUGGUGUUGGAGAACUCCAAGAAGCCAUUAACCACUGAAGUGCUAAAAGCCAUCGACAUAGAUAGCAACUACACUGACCUUGUGUAUUCUGUGCUAGGCAAUCUAAAUGCAGAUGCUGGAUUUUUGGAAAAUGAUGAAAAUCCUGGCAAAGCAGUGACUACCUUUUCUCACCAUGAUUUGGAGAAAGGGAAAAUAUGCUAUGUCCACCAUGGUGUGAAGAACUCCAGGAUUGUGUUUAGAGUUAGCGAUGGAGACAAAGUAAGCAAUACUGUAGUCCUAAGAAUCCUAGCUAUCCCAUUGGAGUACAAAAUUUCCAACAACACAGGGGUGUCUGUCCUGCAGGGUGACAUGGCUCUCAUAGGCACAAGACACCUAGCUGUGCAGACAAAUGCCAUAAAGCAGAUGGUAGACAUCCGUUACGAUGUUAUCGAGCCACCUCAGUUUGGAGAGUUGCAGCGGCUGCACACCAGUGGAGAAUGGAAACUAACUAAUACAUUCUCCCAGAGACUUCUCGAGAAGGAACGCUUGAGAUAUCUCAGCACCUUCCAAGAAAUACAGACCCAUAAUAUUACAGAUCACUUCAGAUGUAAGAUUACUGUUGGCACUGUGGCCACUGAUGAAAUCUCAUUCUCAAUCAUUAUGACUUGGGUUCAAUAUAAACUAGUAAGGAAUAAAUUGGUAGAAGUUGACAAGGUGAGAAAAGUGUUACUAGACUCCGAGCAUCUCUAUGCCAUUAUUAAAGGUGUAAGUUUGCUUGAAAGUGAGCUUCAUUUCAGACUUUUGUCAUUGCCCAGAAGAGGGAACAUGUUGCUCAAUGGUAAAGUCUUAAAGAAGAACUCGACAUUUAGCCAGAAGGAUAUCAGUGAUCUAAAGGUGCAAUAUGAACUUGUACAUAGAGUGCAGGACGACACAAAGGACAAGUUCAAUUUCCAGGUGUUCUCCAAACAUGCCCAUUCUGCAAGUUAUGAAUUUCAGAUUGGCAUUAAAGCAGAUGCUAAUGCUAUUAUCUUGAAAAAUGAGGGGCUGUCUGUAAUGGAAGGGGAAAGUAAACUCAUCACAAAAGAUGAACUUUUUUCAGAAACGUUAAGCACCAAAACAUUGUACUACAGCAUAAUAGAUAGUCCUAAACACGGGAAGUUAAAACGCAUUAAUCUGUCCAGUUCUUCCUCUAGGAAUGAUAACAUCACUGCUUUCACCAAUCAAGAGAUCCUGGAGGAACGUAUUGUGUAUGUCCAUGAUGAUAGUGAAACCACUCAUGAUCAGUUCACAUUUAUCGUCUCUACAAGUAAGACGGUCCCACCCGUCUUAGAAGAUGAGAACGGUGCAGUAGAAGGCAUCUUUCACAUCUCUGUGCAGUUAGUCAAUGAUGAAAAACCAGUUCGUGUCAUUGAUAAGGUUUUCCAUGUGGUUAGGGAUGGUCAGAGACUGUUGACACUGGAGGACCUGUGCUACCAUGAUACAGACUCAGACUUUGAUGAUGGCCAGCUGAUCUAUACUCGCCGUGGCAUUCCCAUGGGAGACUUGGUGCUAGCAAAUGACACCUCGCACAGACUCUUCCAAUUCCAACAGAAGGACCUUGAACAGAAGCGGGUCCUGUUCAUCCACCAUGGGGUUAGCUUUGGGCGAUUUGUACUUUUCGUGUCUGAUGGUAAACAUUAUGCGUCCACGCUGUUGGAUGUCCACGCAGAGGAUGCAUACCUUAAGAUAGAGAACAACACUGGCAUUUUAGUCCAGAAGGGGCAAGAAGGAGCCCUCCGCUCUGCCAACCUCAGUGUGACCACAAACCUGGAUGUCAGAGACAACAAAGAGAUAACUUACAACUUGUUUACUCUGCCGAAACAUGGUGGGAUUUACUGCAAUGGCUUGUUGGUGGACAGCUUCACGCAGCAUGAUCUUAAGAUGGGAGCUGUAGUCUAUCGUCAUGAUGAUAGCAGGAAUCUGUGGGAUGUUUUCCAAUUUACAGUGAAAGUGAAGGAAAUGCACCUAGACUCAAGUGUUAAUGUGAAGGUGUACUUGGAGAGCCACCAGCAGCCGCCUAGAGUCAUUCACCGCAGAGCUCUCCUGGUUGAAGAAGGCAAGCCUGUCAAGAUAAAUAAAAGGGAUCUUGAGGUCAUUCAUGAAGAUAACUUGCCAUUAGAGAUCAUAUUCACAGUGAAGGUACCCCCAUCUUAUGGAUAUCUCCGAAGAUUUGCCGAGGGUGAAGACCGCUACUUUGGGACCCAGGAGACACCAAUCCAGACUUUCUCCCAGAAAGAUGUCAAUGCCGGUAACGUGCAGUAUGUGCAGGUCGGGGCCAACCAAUUGAAUGAUACCUUUGUCCUUGACGUCACCAAUGGAAUUACUGAGGUCCACGACAUCAGGAUGUCCGUGGAUGUCAUCCCAUCCCACAUACCCCUGGAAGUCUCCAACAUCACCCUGAAUGAGGGGGCUGCAAAGGCUUUAACAAAGGAAGUCAUGAAAGUAGCCAACCGGCAUUUCUCAGGCCUCAACUUCCAGUAUUAUGUGUCGGAGGGACCAUAUCAUGGCCGUAUCGAGCAUUCUCAGUUCCCAGGUGUUCGAAGGACAGCUUUUACCAGGAAGCAGGUUGAGCAGGAAUUCAUGUACUAUGUUCAUGACAACAGUGAGACGACGGCUGAUAAUUUCACCAUUAUUGCUAAUGACACUGACAUUGGAAAGCAGAGUCUGCCCCGCACAGUGUUUGUCAACGUUAGACUCCUCAACGAUGAGCCACCGGUCAUAAAAGCCAACAGGAUCCUGCGAGUGUGGGUUGACUCCAUCACAGAGAUUACCUCCGAGUUGAAAGCCCAAGAUGAGGAUUCUCCCCCGAAAAGUCUGGAGUACAUAGUGACCCCACCAAGCAUGGGCCACCUGGCUCUGAAGAGCUCUCCCCACAAACCAAUCCUCAACUUCACCCAGGCUCACAUAGACCAGGGUCAACUGGUAUUUGUGCACAGUGGUGCCAUGUCUGGGGGCUUCAACUUCCAAGUGAAUGAUGGCAUCAACUUUUCUCCACGACAGAUCUUUAGUAUAACUGCUAGAGCCCUGAUCCUCACAUUGGAGAGGAACCUGCCCUUGAAGAUGUUUCCAGGUUCUUCGACACCCAUUUCUGCAGAAGAAUUGCUGGCCGUUACCAAUGACAACGAUGGAGCACAGAACCGUUCCGUCGUCUUUAACGUUAUCAGCCCGCCGAAAUUAGGGAGGCUGGUGAAGGUCCAGGGAGACAACAGAACAGCAGAGAUCUCCUCUUUCACUCAAACAAUGGUGGAUGAGGGUGAGAUUAUAUAUGAGCAAAGCCGUGCGGAAUCAGUGGGAUGGGUAGCAACCGACUUCUUCAGUUUCACUCUCUCAUCUCCUCCCGCCUCCCUCGAAGCACAGAUAUUCAAUAUCGACAUCUCAUACGAGAACACCGACCCCGAACACAAAACCAUCCUCCUCGCAAACACUGGUGCAGAUGUGACUGAGGGAGAGAAAGUUCUGAUUGACAAGGCAAAGCUGGAUGCCUCUAAUCUAAUGGCCAAGCUGCCUGAAGUGCAGCGUCACUCCUAUGAAGUUUGGUACCAGGUCAAGUCCCUACCCCAGCAUGGUGUCAUUAUUGUGGGGGAGCGUAAUCUGACCAAGGAAAAACCCAAAUUCUCCCAGUAUAUCCUCAACAAAUUUGGAAUCACAUACCAGCAUGACAACUCAGAGACAACCUACGACAACUUUGUCUUUGAUGCAUGGUUGAACCUGAAAAGCAAGCCAGCAGUGCGCCCUCUGGAGGACAAAGAUGUAGUUGAGGAAUCCUUCAACAUAACCAUUAUUCCUGUGAAUGAUCAGCCACCUGUCCUCAUAACCAAAUCCCCCGGUUUAUCAGUAGUACAAGGAGAUGCGGUCGUCUUGGCUCCAGCCAACCUAAAUGUGGUGGAUCUGGACAAUCCUCCUGAGGACAUCAAUUACACCGUGAUUAGUAAACCCAACAAUGGCUUCCUGGCCAUGAAACACAGUUUGAAUGAGUCCAUACUGACUUUCACCCAAGCUGACAUCAACAAUGAGAAGGUGUAUUUUGUUCAAGAUGGAAGCCCCCAGUCUGGAGUAUUUUAUUUUAGUGUCACUGAUGGCAAACACCGGCCAGUUUAUAAGCUUUUCAAUCUGGAGGUGAAUGAAAUUACAAUUUCUCUUAUAAACAAUACAGAAGUGGAGCUGGAACAGGGUCAGACCUCUGUCAUCCUCUCAAAUGAGCAUCUGGCUGCAGAAACCAGUGGGAGGAACAGUGUCAUCCAGUACCAAGUGACACAGCCUCCACAUUAUGGCAAACUUCUGAUCAGCAAUGAGGUAGUCCAUCUGAUUGACCAGAAUGACUUACGGUUAGGAAAGUUAUCAUAUAAUAUGACAGAUCUUUCAUCUGCUGGUGAUAGCUUUGAGUUCACUGCUUUCACAUCGGAGACUAACCUGACGAAGCAGAUUGUUAAAAUCGCAGUGAGACCCCUAAUCCAACUUGGAAUGGAUUUCAAGAUCCCCAACGGCAUUCUAGUGAAAUUAAGAAAAGACUUUAUUGAUGCUUCAGCGUUGACCGUUUUAAGUGGCACUGACCCUCAGUUUGAAAUCCUGUCCCAACCAAAAUAUGGCAAAGUUGUGAAAGUCCUGGCUAACGAAAAAGGAAUUCCCCGUCCCAUAUCAUCCUUUUCCUUCCAGGAUGUGGAGCAGGGAAAAGUGGCUAUUGAGGAAAAGGCUAACAUGACUGACAAGGAGUAUCUGAAUGAUUCCUUUGUGUUUGUCCUAAAGGCAGAAAAAGUCCAGCCUUCAAGAGGUGAAUUUCAUUUCACCAUUGUACCAUUUGAUCCAUCACUUGUAAAUCCAGUCACCACAGAGAGCCCGGUGCUCACAACCAAACUGCCCACGUCUGGCCAGACCACAGUGCUUGGAACUCUGCCGCACACCACAAUCGACCCAUUGGCAUCAUCCCAAAGACCUCACAAGACCUUACAGAAAUUCAAGGGACGGAAUCGCUGGGGAAGCCAUCAGCGGAAUAAUACCACUGCUUCUGUCGUUCCGAGAACCACCUCAGGCCAACAGGACCAUCCCCUCAAGAUCACCCCCGUGAGGACAGAAUCAUUUCCCAAGCCAGCCUCUGAUCCCCUCUUCAUCAUCCUUCCCCUACUGGCCUGUCUACUGCUCAUCAUCAUCUUCAUUGUGCUCAUCCUGGUCUUUCGUCGCCGCAGAGAGAAGAGGGCCCGGCCUGCCUUGACUCAAGACCUCAUUGCCACCCCAAGCCCCAGCAGCCCAUACCUUGGGCAGCCAGAGAGGAGCCUGACUGUACCAUCUGUCGUGGUGACCCCACUCAGCCCCAGCUGCCCAGGCAGCCCCGUUCCCGACAGAAUGCAUGAUGGUGCCCUGGCACCAGUAGCCGGUCCCCAGGAAGCCUCUCUGCUGCUCUGCUCAUGGAGCAACCUGGGACCCGAGACUGUGCAGCAUUGCCGCACCACUCCCCCAACCCUGCGGAGUAACCAGUACUGGGUGUGAAAUCAUCUUCAUUUCUCCACUGCUGGUCGGAUGGAGGGAUAGGGUCAAAAAUAAGCUCUCGUUACUCUGCUUCCCCUGUUUUGUCUUUUGUCUUGCAGCAUUAAUGCUCAAAGGGUAACACUUUACUUGAGGGGGCACAAGUAACUUAGAAACUCAGUUAUUACUCAGAAACAAAUUAUGAACUAAUACACAAUUCCUGCAUGAAAAACACGAACCACCAUGAUUGAUUACUGAUGAAUGAACAUGGGAUCAGUAUGUGACUAACACUUAUUACCAGUUAAUUAAUGCAUUAAGUAAGCAUGUGCUCCCUCAAGUAAAGUGUUACCACUCAGAGAUAUAGCCAAAAAUGUAGUUAUAUUGAUCAGUAGCAAAUAAGAGGCCUUCAAAUGUUUCUGUUGGUCCAAGAAAAUGCCUCUUUCUUUAGGGUAAUAAUACACAGGGCAACUUUUGAGCAAUGUUGCUGGGCAAUUCUGCUGAACAAUGAUAUUUGGGCACUUUCCCUUUGAUACUGAGUGACAAAUAUCUAUCUGAAAAACCCUGAUUGGCAGUGGACAACUUUUUGUGAUCAUCCAGAUCCAAAUAAGUUGCCCUUUGUCUCACCUGAUUGACAACUUCCCAGCAUUGCUCAAAAAGUUGCCCUGUGUAUCACCUUAAGAAUAUUUCUCCAUAUUUCGAAUUAAACAACUAGUUGCCAUGACUAGCACAAAACCCAAUGUAGUCAUUUUAUCCCUUUUCUGUUAUACUGUUAUAAGUGCUGUCUGAUUACUGAUUUACAUGAGUUGCAGCACCGAUUUGAGGGGCAGCGCAUCUGUCACUGAUCAAAAUAAGCAGCCAACAUGGAUAAUUUGAAAUAUUAAUGCAAAGUGGGAGAACAAAACCUGUUUAUUAACCACAAGGGAGUUGGUAUUCUCGGAUGUUCUUAGGGUGCUCAUAAGUAAUGUGACAACUGUAAACUCUUGUCCGAUGUAAGUUUUCUGCCACAUAUGCUUUCUGGCAGCUUUCCAGGUUUUAUCUGAACUUGCCUCCAUGUUUUUGGAAACCUUAGAGGUCAGCUGGGAAUUUAAGAAUGACAGAUUUUAUUAUAAUUAUUUUUUAAUCGAUUUGGUACGGAGAACUGAUUGUCUAGGACAAGGUCUUGCGGUUCGUGCACUGAUAAGUUAUGCGAGCAUUCAGAUUAUUGUAUGUCAUAGAAUUGUAUUAUUCCGCUGGUUUUUCUAACUACAUGGAUUUCAUGAAAAGUUUAAAAAAUAAUGAAAACAUACACAUUUUCAGCUACAUGUUGGCCUAUAUAAAAUACAAUGCUGUGAAAUGUUUUCAAAAAACUUAAGAAUAAUGACGCAGCGAUAAAGAAAUUUCUGGCCAAUUCCGAUAGCCGAUUUUUACGAAAAACGACAACCAUAACAAUUGUUUGAGAGGUCCUGCAUAAAUAAGGUUAAAGGGACACUUUAUAAAUUUAAAAAUGAAUUGCAUUCCAAAAAUAUGAAAAAGUAUUUAUUUUUGGUAAGAAAACACCAACUCCGGCAUACAGCAACAGUCCCAGAGCACUAUAUUUUAUAACUGUAUACAUGUUUUAUAUUUAUAUCAUUUAUAACAGAGAAGGGCUGAUCAUCAAGUGGGAUGAUUUCGCACUUUCUGCACUGAAUUUUCUUCUGCUAUGAAACGCUGGUGUUCCUGAUGGACUAACGUUAUUCGGCAGUACUUACAGCCCUGAAACGUGUAUUGGUAGAUCCUCCUUGUGAAAUUUUACCAGUGCAAUGUUUGCAAGAUGCAUUUCUAACAUUGUUUUCAUUAACAUUAAAAUCAUUUCACCCAGCAGACAUUUUUGUUAACUAUUUAGUACACAGGUGUGCGGGCAGAAAUAACCAGCUCAUUUUUAACCAUCGGCCGAUUGUUUUGUUCCUCCUAGCUCCCUGCCAGAUAGUCACAUUUUUGCUCCUCCUUCCUCCGCUGUCGGUAGGAACUGGGUUGAGAAACUCUGCCUUACUUGGGUCGAGGGUAGAGAUGGAUAGUUCAGGUCCAGAAAGUAAAAAUCCAAACCAAGAUUUUGUUUCAACCAACCAGUUGAGUAUUCUGUGACGGUGACUCUUUAUACUCAGCUGGGUGGUUGAAAUAAAAUCUUGAUCUGUAUUUUUACUUUCUGGACCUGAACUGUCCCCCUCUGCUUGGGAGCUUGAGUUCUACCACUAAUCUUUGACUGUGGAAUUUGUAUGCUCAUCCUGUGCUGCAUACGUUUCCUCCUGCAGUCUGAAAAUAUGUAGUUAGGUCAAUAUGUUUCUGAAUUGCCUAUAGUUUGUGCUUGUGUGUGUGCCCUGUGAUGGACUGGAAUCCCAUCUAGGUUGUACCACUAUCCUGUGUCCUGUGCUGCCUGGGAUAGACUCCAGGCCCACUGUCGCCCUGCACUGGGUGAGCCGUUGGAAGAUGGAUGGAUGGAUGGAAUCCUUUUUAAAUGUCUAGCCAUUAUUAAUUUGUAAUCACAUGGAAUGACUUAAUGUUCCUGUGUAUCAAUUUUUGCCAAAUAAUUUUAUUAUAACUGUUGUUCUUUGAUAUCUCACUGGUUAGGUUUCUCAUUGGUUCAUAUUUGUAGUGGUUAUGUUGUAUUUUGGGUUUAUUUUCUCAUUUAAUGAUAAAGAUAUUUUAAGAUGUCAGUUUAAUUCCUUUAAAAUCACACAAGUGGUACUCUGCUUGAUUGAAUUGUGUAGUGUCUGCACUGAGUAAACAAGUUGUUAGAUAUUGUAGAAUAGAAGGUACACAUCUGGAUGGUUACCCACUUUUUCUAUGCUGCUCACCAGGUCUUUGUCACAGAGAGAUCCUGUUGCUCGUGUUUUGCUUUGCUUAUUUUCUGUAAAAUUGUGGUAGAGUGUAGAAUAAAAUUUUGUGAUGCUGUUGAGACACUGAACUGUAUGUGUGACUACUGAAUCAAAAUGUAAUAUGUACCCUCUAUAUUUAUAACUAUUUUUUUUUAAUAAACCAAAACUCUUGUUGCACUUUAAA